AUGUCUGGAGCAUUUGCAUUUCCAAGCCCAUACAAAGUCGUAACAUCAUACUCAGGAUUUUUAAUAUUUUUUCCUGCUUCUGUUGUCGUUGUUGAUGUCGUAGAAGCUGAUGUCGUUGCGGCCCGUUGUUGUGGCUACUGUUGUUGGCGUGGUGUGGUUGGUUUGGCUGUAAUUGGUGUGGCUGUAAGUGGUGUGGUUGGUGUGGCUGUAAGUGGUGUGGUUAGUGUGGCUGCAAGUGGUGUGGUUGGUGUGGCUGUAAGUGGUGUGGUUAGUGUGGCUGCAAGUGGUGUGGUUGGUGUGGCUGUAAGUGGUGUGGUUAGUGUGGCUGUAAGUGGUGUGGUUGGUGUGGCUGUAAGUGGUGUGGUUGCAGCUGGUGUGAUUGCAGCUGGUAUAGUUGUUAGUGUUCGCACGUUUUACUGCUACUAA